CCCAAACAAGUAAGGCGGCUUUAGGCCCAACCGCGUCAGCUCUGGAACCCUCGCAUGUCGACACAGCCACAAGAACUUCUCUGCCUGAUAACACUGCCACCGCACCUCCAUGGCAGGUAUUUGAAUGUUCGAGUAUGCAUUCGGUUUGUGGAAAGAGGCUUGUGAAACGCCAACAAGCCUUUACGAAUUCGAACCUAGCGAGCCAUCGCAGACCUUACGAACGCUGGACAAGCUCAAGAAAGUGGACGGGGAGAUAGUAAUCUGUAGGUAGAUACCGGGCUGAGAAUGGUCUACCGUGGGAAGCCAUCGACGGGCUGUCUCAAAUGUCGCCAAAGGAAGAUCAAGUGUGACGAAAGACCCGGCAGCUGCAUCAAAUGCACCGACAAAAGCUUGAUAUGCCCAGGCUAUGACAAUUCCUUGGAUCGGUACUUCAGGGACGAAUCCGCGCACGUGCAAGUCAAAGCGCAGAAGGCAAAAGCAAAGGCAAUUGCGGCUCGAGAUGAGCGCGACAGAGAUGCUAGGGCUAAGCUCUCGGUAGCCAAGAUGCAGGAUGCCAUUGGCGUUCCGCUACUCUGCCCGCUGAUUGACCAGGGCAUCGCUUUUUUUAUGUCGAACUAUGCCCUGGGAUUGGACCAGCCGCCUAUGCAAUCCGAGGACUACCAUAAACACCUUUCGACGCAUGGAUUUCAUCCUAUCAUCGCAACUUCGAUGACAGCGUUAGGAUUAGCCGGCGUGGCGAAUAUCUGUAUGGAUGCGAACCUAAAGCGAGAAGCUAUGCGAUGGUACCUGGGAGCACUGAAGAUGACCAACGAGGCGCUCGUCUCGCCCAAGGAAGUGAAAUCAGACAACACACUGCUCGCCACGAUGCUGCUCAGCGUCUUCGAAGCAACCAACAACGAUAGAUCGCUAGCCGGAUGGAGCAACCACGUCUCAGGCUCGGCAUCUCUUCUGAAAAUGCGAGGACUGAAGCAGUUUUCCACACCAGCAGGUCGGAGAAUGUACAUGCAGACCGUCGGCCUCCUGACGAUGAACUGCAUGGGCAUGGGCCAGCCAAUGCCCAACUUCGUCCACGAGAUGAACAAAGAAGUCCACAAGUUCGAGGACAAAAAGGAUCCCAGUAACCGGUUCUACCACCUCCACAUCGCCGCUAUCGACUUCCGAGCACAAAUACUGCACAGGCAGAUCACCUCGUUGCAGGAAAUCGUCGACCGGGCUCUCGAGAUCGACCGGGAUGCGAAGACUAUUUUCGACGGCGCGAGCGACGACUGGAGCUUCGAGGUGGAGUCCUGCGACGAGGGCACGCCGGGUGUAUUUGGAACGUACUAUCACGUCUAUCCGCACAUGGCUGCGGCGCAGACCUGGAACUGGGUGCGGUAUAACAGGAUCUAUCUGCACGACAUCAUCCGCAACAGCCUCAUAGCAGGCUUCUCGACCACGCCGCCCGUCUUCGUAGGGACGCACUACAUGAACCUACUAGAAGAAUCAACACAAACGCUGUACAGGAUGCAAGCCGACAUCCUCGCCAGCGUACCUCAAUACUUGCACGACACUCCAAAGGUCCCCACGAGCUACGGGUUAAUCGGCAAUUUCUCCUACGCGCCCACCUCCACUCGGCAGGCCCUGUCGCAGGCCAGUCUCGGAGUUAAUCCCUCCUCAGCUACUCGCAAUACCCACUCCCCCAAAUUCUUCCACGCAAACUUCCUCACCCGCCAAACCGCGCUCCCCACCCUCUCCGACCCAUCCUUCACCACGCCCGCCACGCCCCGCGACCGCCUGCCCAUAAUCCGCAUCUCGGGUGGCUACUCCUCGCUCUGGGCGCUCUACAUCGCAGGCGCCACAUGCGUCGCCAGUCCAGAGGCACAGGAGUAUGUGCUCAAGAGCUUUGGGCGGAUCAGCGCCGAGUUUGGCAUCAAUCAGGCGAAGGUGCUGGCGAGCGCGUUGAGGAUUAAGAUGGAGGUUGAUAGGAAAGGGGCGAGAGAGGGGGUUUGGGGACGGCUGGGGUUGGGCAGGGAGGAUAUUGUGCCGGUUUAUUUGCCGAAGAUGGGGCCGCAUAUGGAGGAUUAGGGGGUGAGGAGAAUCUUUUAGGGGGAGUUGCGGUGUGGUGUUAUGAUGACCUGAGUCCUCAUAAUUGUAUCAGCGACUCUUUCCAAUUCCACAACUGUCCAUUUAAACUACCAUCUCCACGCGAGAAGGCAGCUCAAUUCGAGCUCGCCGUCAUAUUCGUACAAUUAACCUGGCUC